UCAAGAUACGGCAAUUUUUCUCUUGCAAAAUGUUCCUCCAAACAACUUUCCUAUAGGUCGACGCUUUCAGGACCAGCACCUCAAUGGUCAACGGCCGAUAUUUCCUUUUUGUCGAGGGAAUAUGUAUUUGGGUUGUCAACUUGAGCCAUACGCGAUUCUCUAAAGCUCAUAUCGGCGGCCUAAAGUAAUUCUACGCCAUUGAGGCUCGUCCAUAUCAUCAACACUCUCAUCACUCUCAAAACCUGAACAAUUUUGCGUCAUGGGCCUUACACCUAUACGUAUUCGAAGCAAGCGAAAAUUUCCAUCGCGAGGCAAACCAUCCCCAUGGCAAACUAUCACAUCUAUACCUGACGACAAAAUCAGUCCCCCCAAGAAGAUGAAGCGCUCACUAUCAAACGUCCUCGCCUCUCGAUCUACGCGUUGGCGGCCGGCUAUCCAAGCUCUUCCGGCCGAAAUCUUGGAGAGUAUAUUCCUUUACAGCGCCAAUGUUGCCCUUCCCCGGUCUGCACCGAUCAUAGGAUCAAAGCUAUCUGGACGGGCUACUCUCAUCAGGUUUAUCAUAUGGGCGUUCCAAGAUACUUGGGAACAAUCGUUCGGUGACCCUGAGAAGUUUGCGGCAAUAGAUAAGAAUCGCGUAUCUGGCAAUUGGCAACUCCAGUCAACCAUAUUGUGCCUACCUUGGAUCACUGCAGAAUUCAUUCUCCAGGCGCAACAGACCUGGGUAGAAAAAUACGCCAGAGACCAACAUUAUCGUCAUUAUCUUCCUCGGUUGGAUGAUGACGGUGACCCCUUUAUUUAUGGUCACAGCCAUCAUUUCGAAGGUGGCGUAGGGCACUUCAACUCGCAGGAGUGUUUUGAAGCUGAUUAUCAGGAGGUUCUGUCCUGGAAACCUUUCGAAAGGGUGGGAUCAUGGGGUGGCUGUGAUGUUCAUCCAAAGGUACGCGUUCCUACAAUCCUCAUCACCGGUCCAUGGGACGAGAAGAACCUACGCCUCCUGUUCUGGCUUCGAAGGGGUGGGCUAGUCUAUGGCCUAGAAGAGCAUGAUAGAUCGUGGGAGAUUCAGCUGGACUGUCUUCGUAACGCAUUUAUCGACGCACCAGAGCCCAAUGUCUUCAUCACAAAUUUGAUUGAUCUCACUGCACUGUGUCAGGGUCUACCGAGAGAUAUUGCCAGAGAGCAAAGAAGACGCAUUGAUCAACGGCUGAAAUGGGGUGCUGAUAGUGUCAUCUCAAAAGAGAUACUUCGACAGGUCUAUGGUACGAUAGGGAUGUUUCACGAUGGCUUUGGCACUUCAAGCUCCCCGAAAUAACGGCUGGUAGUCUUCUUUCUUGGCCAAAGAGACAGCAAUGCCUCCCGGUUGUUCCCCUCAUGUCCAAAUCUGCACCCGCAAGACUAUUGGGUAAGCACUGUCACUUCGGGCUACCACAUUCAGCUCGCCGACAUAUAUCGUAACCUAGUUGGCUUCAGCCAACAUCAGAGUCAGGGCACAAUGGCAGUGAAGGUUGUCGCACUAGGGCUCAGCAGGAUUCGUGUGAACUCAUAAUGGCUCAUCGUGCACCAUAUCACCUGCACAAAACCCCGACGCCCCUGAGGCUCGUCAGGCCUGGCAGUCGCGGGGCCAUCACGCCUCAAAAUAAGGAAUCGAGUUCAUCAUGAUUAGAAGUAUAUUGGUGUAUAUCAUAGACCUCCCUAGAGUAAUCAGGAUAUACCUUGUUAUAAACUGUCACCAGGCUUGAUAUGGUUUGAGUUUUGAACGAAAGGACCAAACGUCGUGGAAAGCCUCAACACCAUGAACAAGAAAUGAAGCGUAAGGCAACAACACGGGCAAAAUAUCACGUACGUCAACACCUUAAACUCAACAAGACUUACUUCAUCGCAAACUUACCUCCAAUAUCGCUUUGCCAAUGAAAGACUUCUUUCAUCUCCACCUCAGCCAACGGCCUAUCUUGUUUGUAGCACUAAACUUCACGAUGUUCCCGUAGCGAUAACAACCAAAGCCAAGCCCUGUACGUAACAAACACACACACACACGACUUGCUGAUGAUGCCACUUACACCGCGCGUGAGGAAAAGAGCUCAAAGACAGGGAUAGACAAGGUAACAUACCAUCAAGUCUGUGCCAAGCGAGUUGGGAUAUGACUCACGCCGUUAGCACCAAUAGACCACGCGAUUCCGGGAUUUCACGGCCGUGGUUGAGGGCGUUCCUGGAAAUUCCGAGUGAAGAAAUUCUCCAGGGUGAAUUGCGUGGGAGUGUGACUGCAAUUCGGUCAUGCACAGACCAGACAACCUGGGAUGAAUUAAACAUAUUCUCCAGGUGUAGUUUUAUGGUAAGAAUCAUGCCUUACCUACUCCAGUUCUCGAAUCUCAUUCUCCGAGCUUCCUCAGGCUUCAAUAGUCCGGAUCGGCAUGCAGAUGUUUGUCUAAAUUCGAUUCUGGCGCAUCACGUAGUCACAAAUGAUGAGUGGUUCGCUUCAGUUGCGUGAAAAGCGGAGGCAAUUUAGUGUUCCAGCAUAAUGCUUUUGAUUUCGUGCUUGUCUUGCUUUGCUCGUGCGUCCUUCUCCUAUCCGAAAAUUGGUUCCAUAAGGGAAUGGAAAUGACUGCCACGAGUCCACUAUUGUGAGGACUGUUUCAAGCUAGCUAUUAGAUUUCGCCAUAGCGUCAUCGCUCUCCUCAAUUCAGAUCAUUCUUGGGACUCCUUUGCUCGAGUCCGCUUCCGAAAUCGAUUGGUUUGUUUGCCUUCUGAGUUCCCAAAGUCUGCCUUUGACGAGGUCGAGUGGAUUCAAGCUUUGGCUGUUUCCGAAGACAUUAUGCGGUCUUUGGAUGUCUUGAUUGCAGGGAAAAGGCAAAUUGAACUCCAGUUGAUCCAAAACCGAUUACCUUGCAGAUUCCUUCUUUGACGCCGGGGUCGUUAUUCUUGGGUGACCGGGUUUGUCUGCUCGGUUUUGAUAGCAAAUCAAACCUAUUACCUUCCUUAACCUUCUCGUCGCUCCUCUUUGCCGUGCAAUACUUUUUUUCAGUGCCAUAAAGUCCACUUCUGAGACCUUGGCAGCAAACGAAGUAAAGCCAAAUAAGUAACAAGUACAAAACAAAAAAAGGCAGCGUCGUCCUAGUCAUACAAGAUAUGUACUCUUCACCACCGAACGGCCCCUUGUUAAACAGACAGUCGCCGCCAUCACUCUUUCUCCGUAGCCCAUCCCAGACAUGCAGGCAAAUGAACACGCUUUUCGGCCCAAAGUUGAGAGAACAGCAGAUGCUUAUACAGCAUAACUGUGAUCUCUCAAAUAUGUGGUAUCAAAGGCCUUUUGGCAAAAGACUCCAUUUCUUCCACCCACCACAUCAAUAUAUUUAACAAAGAGAAUUUUCUUGAUUCGACAUUAUUUCUUGACUUUCAAGUCGUGUAUAGCUUAUCUAUAAUCGACAGGGUAUCAAGUUGGAAACAGAGAAUAUCGUCACCAACGUGUGAUAGGGUUUAGUUGAGAAUACCCUCCAACAAACCAGGUCCCCGAAGGCCGAUAGCAGGAUGGACAGACGAAACUUCGUAGCCCUGAGCCGCUUCGGCAGAGCAGCAGACUCGCUUGCCGGUGCCAGGCAAGCUAGGACGGACGGGGAUCUGGAGAUUCGACUCGGAGGUAAUGCCUCGAGUGCGAACCAACGUAUCAGGCCAGACAGAAUGCUGGGUAGAAUAACGACCACCAAGGAUCUCGCGAACGUUCUCCUGAAGGCAGUUGUCCAUAGAGGCGGUUCUAGUUCGCUUCGUGCCACUUCUAGGGGCUGUUGCGGGCACCAUCUCAGCUGCGCGAUAAUUAUGAAGCUCCUGUAAAGCACGGGCGGCAUCAGAAUCGCGAGCCAUAUCGUCAAGUUCCUGCUGUCGUCUCGCCAAGGAAGAUUCCAGAGACAGGUCCACGAGCUUGCCAACCGGGCCGGUGUAAGACUCGGGAGAGGACGUAUCGCAGUGCACAUCAUAAUCCUCUGGAACCGAAGGGACUGUCGGCUUCUGGCUCAAUCUCUCGUUACAUGAUUUCGACGCUCGAAAUCGCGACGGCAUACCCAGCCUGGAAGAGCUGAGGGUCGCGCUAACAAGCGAUGAAGAAGAUGAGAUGGAAGAAGAGCGCGAGGAACGCGACGAGUCCGAAAUCAUCGAUUCGGGUGAGGAAGCUGUUGACACUGAAGUAGCAAGGGAAGAUCGACGAGUAGGACAAUAGGCUUGAGGGGACGAUGUCAUGGCGGCAGGGAGACGAUCGAGGUACUGAGAUGUAUUCACAUUGUUGGCUUGAGCCAUGGCCAAACCCAUCGCAGAAGACUUAUUAAGCAUGUGGGAAGCGGCACUCGCUGCAGGAGUGCAGAGUCCACUGCUCUGAGGGGUAAGUCGAGGAGUUGGCAGCAUACCCAGGCUAGGGGCCGCGCGGCUACAGGUGUAUCCUACAGCCGCUGGUUCCAUAGCCAUAGGAGCACUGUAGGGCUUGGGAGUUGGUGUGGCCUCCGCAGAUUCAUAGCCACAUGAAAUCUGAGCUUGAUGGGGCAUAUUGAGAAUGCUGCGAGGAGACAAAGCACAAAGAUCACUUGACCUAGGAAUAGCAGGAUUCGCAGGAAUCAAUGUGGCGAGAUUCGUCAACUCUGGAUUCAGGCCCAAGAUGAUUCGCUUCCAAUCUACGACCUGCUGGGACACAAUCUGGGAGACACCUCCGGGAGAAGGAGGGCCAGACGGAGGAGGCGUGUACUUGAGAACUAUGUCGGUCCAUCGCUGGAAGACCUCGUCAACGAUAUGCAUCUUCCAAUUGACUGCGUGGAGAAAAGUGAUUUCGUUCUGGUUGAUCUCUUGAGUGUGAAGCCCCGAAAUCUUGCUCCAGGCCCGGGCAGAAUAGUUUCUAUCCUGAAGAUACUUUGAGGCAAGGAUCAGAGCCGCGAGGAACAUACGACGACCGCACUGAAGGGCGCGGUCGGCGUGUCGGUCCUCAGGCUGUUCCAUGGUGAAGUUGUGCUUCGGCACAUGGGGCUUGAUGAGAAUUAAAUAAUAGAGAGCAACUUGCAGAGUCGAGUAGCUUGUUCGUGACCGACGCAAAGUCUCUUGAAUGAAUGUGCGCAGAGGAAGAAUGGCCCUACUUCCAAGCUCGUUUCGGCAGGCGACAGAAGAGAGGGGCCAAAUGGCUUCAACGAUAUGUGUCGACGAAUCUAGAAGGGUAAAGGCUAAGCGCAUGGACAAGUAAUCGCAAUCCAGUCAUAACAUACCGACAAGGCUAUCUACAAAGUUAACUUUUCGGUCAGACUGUCGGACCAGGGCUGGAGGGCACGCGGCGCGAGCAUUUGAAGUUCUUCGAGGGUUCUGGCGUAAUUCAGUGGGGAGUGCUUCCGUCUGUGUCUUUUGAACACGACGCCGCAAGUUCAGACUGCAAUCAGCAACGGCGGCCUUUCUCGAAAAAUAGGAAUCGCAAGAGUCAGAGUCGGAAGAGUGUGCGGAAAGAGAGGAGUCGUCGGAAAUCUGAGAGGUGGUGUCGGACCAAACAGAAGUAGUAGAAGUCGAAGCGGAAGAAGCUAUUGAGAUGUUGUAGGGUGCAUAAUGGGAGGAGGGGUUAUAAGCGGGCGAAACGGUUGCGUCGCACAUCAUGUUGAAUAGUGAAUAAAAGGAUCCUGAACUGCAUUCAAUUCAGGGGGUUGUCCAGUCGCCGUCUACGGCUAAGCCACCAAUCAGGUCGUGGUUUGCCGAUGAAUUCGCGGGUCAAAAUCGAGUAACGAUACUCCGUUGCAGCGCGUGUAAGUGCUGCUUCGAGGUAUAUCCUUGGUCGUGUUUUCAGAGAGCUUCUAGACAAUAAAGUGCAAAAGCGACUUGAUAACACAAACGAUGAGACCGGAGGACGAAGCGGAGACGGCGACAGGAAUAAGAUAUGUUUUUUCAGCAGGCAUUGCGGCAAUGCUUCAAAUCUCGAGUGAGGUUGGAAGCGAAUGGUAGUCUUAGAACAAGGCUACCAUCAGGGCGAUCGAAUAGUGGAAAUCGAUUUCGGAGGUUGAGAAUUAAUAGAGAUCAAGUCGGUGUUAGUUGAUUAUGCAAGGUACUGUUGAAGGUGUGGCUGAAGAUGAGAUGACCUGAAAGAGGUGGUGAAGGGUUUAUUAGAUGGCCGAAAGAGGGUGACUCUUGCUUAAGUGGCCUAAGGGGCGAGUGAGGCGUUGAGUCGGUGGCAGCCUGCGUGGUGGGAUGUGACUCUUCUGGUUUUGCACGGUGGCAAUUCUGAGCAAAAGCGGCGGGGGCGUGUGGCAGGUGUAAGCCAACUGGCGAUCUCGGAGAGAGCGUUUUAGAGUGUGUGCGCGGUGGUAGCCUGUGCCUGGUUCGGUACAAGGAUGACUAACAGGAGGUUCGUCACUGUGAGUGUGGCGAAGGAACUGAUAGCGGGUUGCAGCCUGGCAGGGGAAUGACAGUGAACGGGGAAAUCGUACAGGUGACAGAAAUAGAGUCGGAGAAACGGUAACAGGGGGGGCAAAAGAAAAGUGGUUGAAGCAAGUGAAUCGAACAGGAAGGAAAUGAUGAUAGAUGAGUGAAAGUGGAAAUGGGAUGGUGAUAGAGGCCACGGGCAAGUGAGCAAUACAGCGAGUCCGGAGACUGACACGAAGAGUGACUCGAGUGGCAGACAGGACACUUCUCCGUGGAAUCACCUCACUGAUAGAAGGCAAUAAUCCUUGCCUAGAGAGUAUGGGACGGGUGCGGGCGAAGGCCGGGGGAGGCAAGGUUGGUCCCUCAAGUGGACGACCUUUUAGGCUUGGGCUCGGCUGGGCUGGAGCUAGGCAGUGCUGUGCUGGAAUUUGUAGGCAAGGCCAAAGUGUGACUCUUUGCAGCGUCAGGCGGCAAAGAGAGUGAGUGAGUCUGAGUGAAAAGUCGCAGAGUGCAAGUGAAUGCCGCUGCGGCCUGACUGAGAGAGGUACGGUUUGAGUAAGGUUGGAACAAGUUUUUGAGAGGAGAUUACCAAGAUCAAAACAACAACAAAGAUGAAGACAAGACGCCGUGGAGAGUGGAGAUGUACACGAUCCAGAGCAGACUUCAGAGAGUCGCUUGGGGACGGAUUCAGAGGACGAAAUCGAACAUUAUGGCGAUGAUGCUGUUCGAUGGGGGGAGGGGGAAAAGGCGGGAGAUGGCAGCAGCGGGC